AGACGGCAGGUCGAACGAGGAGAGAGGCCAUGUUGGAUUUUCAGUAAACUACUCGUGUGAUCCCGGUGUAAGAAAUGCAUCCCCGGCGCAGUAUUCAGCAAGUCCUACUGUGUGACCUCUGUGAGACUGUCCCCUUACAGAGUCAUUGUGAAGUUUGUAAUAUAAAUCUAUGUAAGGCCUGUGUUGGGGAGCACCUCUCUGGUUCGUUUGAAAGGCACAAUGUCAUGCCCUAUUUACAAAGAAAGUCUACUCCAAACUACCCCAAAUGUCCCGAACACGCCGAAAAACCCUGCGAACUUCACUGCAAGAAUUGUGACAUUCAUGUCUGUAUUAAAUGCGUCUCCUCAGGUAAACACGAAGGUCACAAGUUAUCAGAAUUUCCGGAAAAAUUGAGCGUUAAAACACAAAGUUUACAAAAAGAUUUAGAGGAACUCGAAACCAGAAUUUAUCCCCGAUAUGAAGAAAUGACGUACGAUGUCCAAACCGAAAGAGCCGACAUAGAAACAUAUUACGGGAAAUUAAAAACAGCUGCGGAAGAGGAAGGUGAACUCUUAGAGCGGGAGAUCAACGCCAUUGUCAAACAGCGGAAAUCUGAAAUUCAGGAGAUGAAAAACAAGCACCUAUUCACCCUGUAUAAAAAUGCAGAUGAAAUAACACAGAUAAUUACUGAACUCAGACAGAUCAUUUCCGACUUGAAAUCAAUACUAAAAUCAAAUGACGUCUCCUUAAUCUCUAAUUACAAAUCCAGGAAUUCCGAAUUUAGAACAUUACCGCCUGAAAUCCGAGUUACAUUACCGAGUUCUACUCCUCAGAAAAUAAACACAGACCAACUCCGGGAAAUGUUUGGUUGUCUGUCGCCAUUAUCCAUUAACACAGAACAUGGAGGCACAGUGAAGUUAGCAGAAGCUGUAUCGUCUCCUCUAGUUAAACCACUGCUUGAUGAACCGCGCCUCGCCGCCAUCAUAGACACUGGGUAUAGCGGACUAUACAGUGUUAGCUGUCUGAGUGAAGAUCAAGUCUGGACAUGCGGGAAUAACAACACCAUGAAGCUGCUCAACCUCCAGAGUAAACUACUGACAUCAAUACAAACCAAGUCAGGGGACACACCGCGGGACAUAGCAGUGACACGGGACGGAGAUCUUGUUUAUACUGACUAUGAUUCGGUUAGACUAGUAAAGAAUAAAAAGAUACGGACUGUCAUCACACUACAGGACUGGGUACCCCACUAUGUCUGCAGUUCCGCCUCCGAUGAUAUCCUAGUUACCAUGGUCAGUGUUUAUCUCAAACAAUCCAAAGUCGUGCGUUACUCCGGCUCCAAAGAGAAACAAAACAUUCAGUUUGAUGAUCAGGGUCGUCCUCUCUAUUCAUCUGGCUAUAGCUAUAAAUUCAUCAGUGAGAACAGGAACCUGGAUAUAUGUGUGGCUGACUGGUCAGCUAGAACAGUAGUGGUGGUCAAUCAGUCAGGGAAACUCCGAUUUAGAUACACUGGUCAUCCUUCUAAUACCGAGCAAUCAUUUACUCCAGUCGGCAUAACUACAGACAGCCAGAGUCACAUCCUGACAGCAGACAGUGAAAAUCAGCGUAUCCACAUCCUAGAUCAGGACGGACAGUUCCUCCGUUACAUUCACUGUGAUUUACGCCGUCCAUUCGGUUUAUGUGUGGACAUCAGAGACAGCCUUUUUGUGGCUGAGUGUGACACUGCUAAAGUGAGGAAAAUCCUAUAUUUAUCAGCACAGUGUUAAAUAUACAUCUCUACAGUGUUAAUUACCUAUCUAAAAACAGUGUUAUUUACACCAGUGUUUUGGUUAGAACU